AGGGCUAAUGUAUGACCUUGUUAAAAACUAUAAGUAUUGGUUUAAAACAUGCUCAGUGCAGAAUAUCACUACAUCUAAAUUAAGAUUAAAAAUAUGUAUUAUCUUAUUUUUGAGAGUACAAAUCAAACACGCCGUUAUCAGCGGACUGGUUUACUCUCUGUUUUAGUAAAUAUGAUCACGUGAUUCAUGUAACCAAUCACUGGAGAUGAAGGCAACAAAAAUACUAUGAUUGUUCAGAGGCAAGGUUUCGGAAACAGAGUAACGGUUUAUAUGCGUUCGAAGGGAUCCAAAAAUGUCGGGUAGUUCAGCUCUCAGUAGCUAUUAUGUGGACUCUAUUAUGGGGCACGACACGGAGGAUGUGUACGGAGCGCGUCAUGUCCAGGGCUCACACACAGUGAGGCCGUCAGGUGUGGCGGAAAAUGCGGACUUCUCCUCGUGCAGCUUCGCUUCAAAGUCAGCCGUGUUCCCUGCGUCCUGGACCUCGGUUCACCAACCAUCUCCUGCUGCUGUGUCCGGACUUUACCAUCCGUACGUCCACCAGACCCAUGUUUCGGACAACAGAUACGUGCGCUCCUGGAUAGAGUGCGCUCCAGUCUCAAGCCAUAUCUCUCUAUCGGGGCUCCACUCCAGCAGUCGGCACAGCGGCACAAAGACUCAAAGUUUACCCUCGAAAAGGACUGAGAGCGCUGCUUUUGAAACAGAAACCGUUCCCGAGUUCAGCUGCAGGGCUGUGUCCGAGAGCGUAGACCAAGCGACUGAAGAAACGGCUGCAAAUGAUAUCUCGAGUCUCGAUGAACCUAAAGACGAAAAACAACAACAACUUGACCCAAGGAACCCUGCAGCAAACUGGAUCCAUGCAAGAUCAACAAGAAAGAAACGUUGCCCGUACACAAAAUAUCAGACUCUAGAAUUAGAGAAGGAGUUCCUGUAUAACAUGUAUUUAACGAGGGAUCGUCGUUAUGAAGUUGCACGAAUCCUGAAUUUAACAGAACGGCAGAUUAAAAUCUGGUUUCAGAACAGAAGAAUGAAAAUGAAGAAGAUGAGCCGAGAGAGAAGCAGCAAAGAUCCUUAGUGAACAGUGUGCUUCAACUUAAUAUCUUAUAAUGCGAAUUACUUGAAAUGAAUGGUUAUUCCACAAUAAAUUAUACAAUAGCUUGGCUUAAAACA